AUGCAGCCGCCGACAGGUAAACGCAGACAUGAGGAUAUCUCGUCUAAUUCCAGUCCUUCAGCAAAACACCGCAGGACUGCUUCGGGUUCUGACUUCUCGACUUAUGACAUCAAGCACGCACUCGACAUGCCUCCCCCACCUGCACCCCAUGGCCCGCCUCCACAGCCUCCGCAGCCCCUGCCACAGGUGACAAAUCGCACUGCUGACCUCUCGGAGCUUUUCGACUUCUGCGCACUCCAGUCUCAGCAAGACAUCUCUGCUCGUUUCGAACUCCUCGCGUCUGAGUUACUGCACAACUACCGGCUCGAGGUGACACAUGAAGAGAAGAUAGAGUACCUGGAGAUCCUUGAGCUCGAAUUCUACCUGUACAAGUCCGGCUCACACGAAGACCCAUUCACGCACGCCAGCGCAGAGCAGAGUCAAGCGGGAAGAUGGUACUUCCACAGACCGCCGAGACGCACGAACGAUCCCGUUCCUCAGGGAGCUGCGCCAAUGGGAUACCGCGGCGGCACGCGGAAAGGCAUGGACAUCACGAUCGGAGCCCCGCCGCCCACCGUCACCUCCAAGUACUUCCUGCCUGCCAACCCUGGCGAAGCAUCUUCCUCAGCGGCCGAAAACGCCGUGUUGCGCGGGGGCGUCCUCCUGCGCUCGAUCCGCCGCGCGAGCGACUCUAAAGUCAUCUCCGGCCCGUCCCUCCUAGUCGACGAGCUCCUCCGUCUGAGCGGCGCGAGCGAGAUCGCCGAACUCGUCGCCCUCCACUGGGACGGCGACAUCUCUGCCCUCCCGCCCUCGCCCAACCUCAUCCCUUCCCGCGACUCCACGAUGUGGCUCCGGCGCACCCCUCCCGCCCCUCCCUCCGUAUCCUCCAAACCAGCACCCACCCCACCACGCAUAUUCCGCUCCCCGCGCAUCGGCCUCGACAUCUCACACCCCUCCAUCGCGCCCCCCACCGCGCUCGCCCACCCGCGCGUCAUCUACGUCGCGCGCCCGUACCGCUUCUUCACACACCCGCACCUGCUCACCGCGAACGGGCGUGGACAGACGUUCCUGGGCGUGUACGACGCGCUCGAGGCGCGCGGGCACUGCACGAACGACGCGGAACUCCUUGGGGAAUUGGUGCGCCUCACGGGGGUCAAGGGCCCAACGGCGAAGAAUUAUCUCGCUGCGCUGAGGGCGGGGCUGGGUGCGGGGAAGUUGGAGGAGUGGAUUGGGCCGGAGGGGAAGAAGGUGCUGUCUUCGGUGACGAAGUGGCUCACAAUGGCGGGCACACUGCGCAGGCUGCAGGCGGCCGCGGGGACAUCUGCGGCUUCGGGGAGCGGUACCGCGGCUUGA